ACAAUAAAGUAGAGAAUGUAUUAUUGGCACGCUACUGCUAUCCCUCCUCCCCCAAAAAAGAGUAGAAUUUCCGAACUUAAAAAUGGCAUCUUUGUCAACUCUCAUCACGAUCCCCUCCUCCAUAACCCCAAACCCUAGAAAAACAUCCCCCAAACCUCAACACUCUACAAUCCUCUCAUCAAUUCACAAACCCCAAACCCUCUCACUCACCCACCUCCCAAAAAACCCCUUAACAAGAACAGCUCCUCCUCCUCCUCCUCACAAAAUGCCAGUACCAGUAACCAGAGCUCAAGCCUCCCCCACAAGCACGCCCUCCGCCGUCGUCGGCCUGGGGCUCCGGCUUGUGGAGUCGUCGUUCCUCGUCUGUCCGCCCACGUGGCAGUCCGCCGUUGUGAGCAACCUCGUCAUUUUCUUUCUGGGUUACCCGCUCCUCGUACUGGGGUUGUCUCUUCCAGGAAUCGGAGCCGCAUUCUUGCUCGGCACCCUCACGUGGCGCGCUUUCGGGCACACCGGGUUUCUUCUCGUCGCCACCUACUUCCUCAUUGGUACUGGAGCCACAAAGGUUAAAAUGGCACAGAAGGAGGCUCAAGGGGUCGCUGAGAAGAGGAAAGGAAGAAGAGGACCAGGAAGCGUGAUUGGUUCCAGUGCAGCUGGAUGUGUUUGUGCUUUUCUUUCAAUAAUUGGAGUUGGCGGAAAGGCAUUUUCUCACCUUUGGGUACUCGGGUUUGUGGCCAGUUUCUGUACUAAACUGAGCGAUACUGUCUCAAGUGAAAUAGGAAAAGCAUAUGGGAAAACAACGUACCUAGUGACGACAUUUAAGAUAGUCCCAAGGGGAACUGAAGGAGCUAUGAGUGUUGAGGGAACCGUUGCUGGACUUCUAGCAUCAAUUCUUCUUGCAUUUGCUGGUUUUUGGAUGGGUUUGAUAAAGGUUUCCGAAGCUCUGAUUUGUGUUGUAGCGUCCCAGAUUGCUAAUCUUGGUGAAAGCGUGAUAGGUGCUUCCCUCCAAGAUAAAGAAGGAUUCCGCUGGCUUAACAACGAUGCUGUAAAUGUCAUCAACAUAUCUAUGGGCAGUAUUUUGGCAGUCCUGAUACAACAAAUUCUUCUCCAAAAGUGGUAUACAUAGUUCCACUUACAAUUCAUCCAUUUUAAGCAUCUCUGAGAUCGGGACCAUUGUUCAAGCCUAUAUUUGCUUACAGAAUCUGUGAAUACUGCGACUGGAAACUGAAAAAGACACAAUGCUGUUAAAGGGGAAAGACUUUCUACUGUUUUCGUGCUCUUCUUUUCCGUUAAUUCAAUGGGAUCAGGCUUCUGAGGAAAGAUCUCCUGAAAUCUUGCAGCAAUAACUUAGCCAUCUGUUCCUGUUAUUUGUAAGUUCCCUGUUUCUCCAGAUGGACAAAUGGCUUAGUAGGUUGGUUUUGCUGCUAUAGUUUGUAACUUUGUAAAUAUUGAUUCUUUCAUUGUAAUUUCAACAAGAAGCCGGGUUUACGCAUAUGUUUAUCGAAUCUUUCGUGUUAAUGCAAGUCUCUUGGCCCUUGGGCAAGGAACCCUUUUUUGUUGGAGAUUA